UGGUGGAGACACUGUUUCUUACUUUCGUUCGUUGUUCAUAUUUUGUCCAUACUUAUAACCUAAUGUGACUCAAAUUUCGAAUGAAAGGUGAUUAAAAAGAAGUUUAUUAGAAAUGAAAGUAUAAUGAAACUACGUAGAAUAGUUAUAAGAUAUUAUUUAAUUUUACGACAACGAAAUAAAAUAAAACAGUUUAUAUAUGGAUGAUACAAAUUCACAUUUGCAAAAUCAAGAACGAAUCAGCUGUUGUGUAUACAUAGGUUAUAAUACCGUUAAAUGUUUUUUAAUUAUUAAAUGAUAAUGAAAGUAAUUGGCAUAGAAGAAAGUAACAAAUAAUCAAAUCAAUAUAUUAAUUUGUGAAGAAUUAAUUUUGUACGAAGGAAGAAUAAGUUUUUUUUUUCGUUUAAAUGUUUGUUUAAAUUCUGUGAAAUAUUAUUAUCAGUUAUUAAGAAAUCCUUAACAAGGAAGAGACUUUAAAACGUGGAAUGGAUUAUGCAAAUGUCGUUGACGAAGCCAUCAAGCAGUUUUAUGCUGGAGGAAACAAUGAAACUCACAAUUGGUUGCUACAGGUUCAAGCCUCCCCCGAGGCUUGGAGUUUUGCAUGGCAACUUCUUCAUCCUUCAAAGUCAUGGGAAGUGCAGUUUUUCGCUGCCACAACGUUACAUGCCAAAAUAUCUAAACAAUGGGAAGAAGUACCUAAAAGCGAAUAUCCAAUUUUACAAGCACGUUUACUCAAUAGUAUUAAACAAGAAAAUACUCCAAAGUUUGUUCUUAUAAAACUGUGCCAAUCGUUAGCCGCAUUUAUGGCAUAUAGCUAUAUCGAACCUGAAAAUAGAAACAAGGAGAAAAAUUUAGUCGAAGAAGUAAUGGAAGUAUUACCAUACGAUUCGGCAUCUAAAUUAGAAUUGUUAUUAAAAGUAUUAUCUUACAUACCUGGAGAGUUCGAAGCAAAACAGAAUAUAAGAAAAAAUGCUAAAAUUAGGGAAGGUUUAAUUAAUAGUUGGCAGAAAACAGUCUGGCUUUUACAACAAGUCUUUGCAUCAUUUAAUCCAAUGGCGCAGGACAAUAAUACAUUAUAUCUUUUGGGAGCAGAUUGUACUCUUUCUUGGCUUAAAACUGGUCUAUUACCUCUCGAAAUAACUGGACAACUUUAUCCUUAUUUAUUAGCUGCUGCAGCACAUUAUGCACCACUUAGGGAAGAUUCACACGAGGACAAUACUGAAAGUUGGGAAACGGUACAAGACUGUAUAAUUAUGAUAGUGACGCAUCCUGAUUUAUACAAAAGGCCACAAACACUUUGGGAAUGGGCAACGAGUUUAGUUAAAAUGGCGUUGGACAAUAAAGAAAAAUCUUUUUGUGAGAUUUUAACGUCUAUGGGAGAAGCUUAUAGUAGAUCAUUUUUACUUGCUCUCGCAGGUGAAGGAAAUGACACACAAAAAUGGACUUCUGAAGGAUUAAUCGAAUUACUGCUGGAAUGCGCUGAACAAAAAGGACGAUAUCCUACAGAUGAAAUUCGUAGUUGUAUUCCAUUUGGAUUUUGGUUUACAUUACAGGACGAUUUAGGUACAAUUGAUCCACCACUUGAAAAUAAAGCGAUAGAUGCUUUAAAACCAAUAUAUGCACGAUUAGCAAAUGCAUUGUUAAGGAAAUCAACGUUACCUUCGUCACCAAGUGAAAGUGGGGAUGCUGACGAACAAGAACUUUUUCGAUGUUAUAGACAAGAUGCUGCAGAUACAUUAGAUUAUUGUUACAGAGUUUUAGGUGAAGAUUUAUUAAUAAUUCUUGGACGAAGAUUGAGCGAGCCACUUGACAAUCCAGAGAAAUGGGUUGAUGUAGAAUCGACGUUGCAUGCUUUCGAAGCAUUAGCAGACAGAGUUGGUUUGAAUGAAUGUCAUUACAUUCCUGCUUUAAUGGAUUUGGUUGUAUAUCAUAUACCUUAUAAUCUUUAUCCCCCAGAAGUACUUGCGUGUUCUUGUUCAACAAUGGGUGCAUAUGCCGAAUGGAUAGGAGAAAAUCCUGAUCCUUGGCUCGGAAGAGUAUUACAACUUGUGACAAUGGGUCUUUGGAAAGGUCCAGUUACAACACCUCGUGCAAGUAUGGCACUGAAGGAUAUAACAAGAGAAUGUGGGUCAUAUCUUGCACCAUUUGCACCAAGUAUUCUUAAUACAAUAGGACAAAUUCUUCCAAAUGUAACGUCAGAAGGAGGAGAAGGUCAACGCCUUAUGUAUGCCGCUGGAAAAUUAUUAAAUACACUUGCUACGGUUGAAGAACAAUUAACAUACUUAAAUGCAACAUUGGGCCUAUGUAUAGUGAAAAUAAAAGAUUUGUUGAAACAGCCAAUAGUCACAGUACGUUUAGCGGUUACGAAUCAAUUAAAAAUGGCAACUAUGCUAUUUGCAACUUUGGAAUCACCUAUAGGAAAGACUGUAUUAGAUGGACUUUUGCCAAUAUUUAAUGAAAUUAUAACACAUCCUGAAUGGAGUCAAGACAAUGUUACAUUAGAAGCAAUGUAUCAAUGUAUGCAAAAAUCAUUGUCAUGUUUACCAAAUCCAGAAAUAGAUGCGCGUCCUUUACUUACUAUUUUAUUAACUUCUUAUAAAAAUUGGCCCCAUCCUGCUGCAUUAAAUUUAUUGAGUCAACUGGUGAUAUUAUUUGGCAAAGAUCGAAACAGCGUUAUAUGGCCUGUUUUUGCAGAAAUAAGUUCUCUAACGUUACGUGGUAUCAAAACAUGCCAAUCAGUACGUGGAGAUUUAUCUGAAUGGUCUGAUUUGAUGGAAGCAUAUUUAUCAUUACUUGCACAAAUUUGUAAAAAGAAUGGUGAAAUGUUACUUCAAGUGACCGAUCAAAUUCCUGACAUGCUACGAUGUGGUAUGACUUGUUUAGUACUUCCAGAAACAGCGACACCAAAAGCAGCAGGUAGUUUUCUAGUCCAUGCUAUUAUGGAAACUCCACGUUUACAAAAUUUUAUCCGUCCGAUUGGACAAGAACUAGUUUUUAUAAUUCUACAGUGUGUUGGUGGAGAAGGGGUUCGAAACUAUUCAGAUUCUCAUGCUGAUGUUUUAUGGGCAUUAAAUAGAAUGUGGUCAUCUAAUAUAUCAGAAUGGCUUCGUGCUUCACUUGAAAGUCAAAAUGGACCUGUAGUUAGUAAUUGUGAUAAAGAAAUUUUUAUCCGUGCGGUUUUACGAGAACGAUCAAGUAAACGUCGAUUUUAUAUCCUGUUGAAAGACUUUAGUCUUAAGUGUCGGCAAAAAACUGUUGGACUGUAACAAUGCGCUUUUUCGAAUAGUUUUAGGCGUACAAGAAUUUAGUAAGAACUAAUAAUCAUGAAUAAAUUAUAUAUAUAUAUAUACACAUA